GUGCGCACUCAUCACAUUCCUGUUAAGGAGCGCGUCUUAAAGAGCUUCUUUCUCCACUCACGUUCAUUCCGCUGCUCCGAACUUGUUGAGCGGCGUUAAACAGCGAGGGCAAAGGGAAGUACCUCUCCCGAGAAAUAUCGCCAGAUCGACGUGCAGGAAGACGGGCCAUGAUUGACAGCCGGGAGAGCUGAGGAGACGUGUCACUCAUCGCCCUAUCAGCGUGUCAGAGGGCUAUCUCCCCCUCCCCCCCCUCCUCCUCCUCCUCCUUCCUUCCUCGACUCUCCCCUCUUAUCUCCUCAACGGGCCAGUUACCUGGGCAUCCUGCGCAGUCACCCACUACUCCACAAACCUAAAAAAAAAAAAAAAGGCACCGAAAUAGUAACGGGAGGAAAAGAGCCCAACGAGACACUUCCAAACCGACUGUCACUCCACCUGGGGGGGAGUUUUGGCAUGCCUGCUCACUCCAGUUGAGUGAGCUGGAAUAAGUGGAGGCAGAGAGAGAGGGAUCCCUCGUUAUUAAUCCCCUCAGAAGGAGACACGGGCCCCCCCCUGGAGCGAGGACCAGUCAUGCGUUUCCAUUUGGCGCUGACGCUGCAGGCGCUGUGGACCGGUGUUUGCCAGGCGGCCAUGCAGCACUACCCGGCGGCGUGGGGCCACUACGACGUGUGCAAGUCCCAGGUUUACUCGGAAGAAGGCUUGACCUGGGACUACAUGGCCUGCCAGCCAGAGGCAGCGGACAUGACCCAGUACCUGAAGGUCACUCUGGAUCCCCCCAACAUCACCUGUGGAGACCCUCCGGAGACCUACUGUGCCCUGGAGAACCCCUACAUGUGUAACAAUGAGUGUGACGCCACUACGGAUGAACUCGCCCAUCCUCCAGAGCUCAUGUUUGACACCGAGGGCCGCAACCCCACAACCUUCUGGCAGUCCACGUCUUGGAAGAAGUACCCGAAGGCCCUCCUGGUCAACAUCACGCUUUCUUGGAACAAAACCAUCGAGCUGACCGACGACAUCGUGCUCACCUUCGAGUCAGGCCGGCCCGAGCAGAUGGUGCUGGAAAAGUCUCUGGAUUAUGGACGAAGCUGGCAGCCCUACCAGUUCUAUGCCACUGACUGCCUGGACGCCUUCACCAUGGAGCCCAAGACCGUGCAGGACCUGACCCAGCACACCCUGCUGGACAUCAUCUGCACCGAGGACUACUCCCGAGGCUACGUGUGGAAGAACGACAAAACGGUGCGCUUUGAGAUCAAGGACCGCUUCGCGCUGUUCGCCGGGCCCCGGCUCCACAACAUGGCUUCGCUUUACGGCCAACUGGACACCACCAAGAACCUGCGGGACUUCUUUACCAUCACGGACCUGAGGGUCCGUCUGCUCCGGCCCGCCACAGGAGCGACCAUGGUGGACGAGAACAACCUGUCCAGAUACUUCUAUGCCAUUUCUGACAUCAAAGUCCAGGGCAGGUGCAAGUGCAACCUUCACGCCAACAGCUGUGUGUAUGACAAAGAGAAGUUGAGCUGCGAGUGUGAACACAACACCACCGGGCCCGACUGUGGCCGCUGCAAGAAGAGUUACCAGGGGCGAGCGUGGAGUGCUGGCUCCUACCUGCCCAUACCCAAGGGCACAGCUAAUACCUGUAUUCCUAGUAACAUUGGUCCAGUUAACUGCGAAUGCUUCGGCCACUCCAAACGAUGCAGCUACAUCGAGCUGCUAAACACCGUCAUUUGCGUGAGCUGUAAGCACAACACUAGGGGCCAGCACUGCCAGCUGUGCAAGCUGGGCUACUACCGCAAUGCCUCGGCAGAACCGGACGAUGAAAAUGUUUGCAUAGAGUGUAAUUGUAAUCCCUUUGGCUCAGUCAGUGAUCGCUGUAAUGGCACAGGAUUUUGUAUAUGUAAGGAGGGCACUACAGGGCCUAAGUGUCAGCAGUGUCUACCCGGCUAUUUGUGGGACGAUGGCUGCAAAUCCCGCGUUUGUGACAACGAGCUCCUGCGCUGUCAAAACGGCGGGGUGUGCGUCAACAACGUCCGCUGCAGCUGCCCCUCUGACUACUCGGGUCUGCUGUGCGAGAACCCCCGCUGCGAGUCGGAGCUGGGCGGCUGCCGGGGCCCCGACUCGGGCCAGGCCCCCCUGACGCCUGCGUCCCUCCCCGGGCUGCUGCUGCUGCUGCUGCUGCUGGGCUCGGCGCUGCUGAGAGAGGCCUCCUGCUGGCCCGCGCUGCUCUGAAGAGGCCCCCUCGUAACCAGGCGGGAGCGGUCCUUGUCCUCCGCCACCUCCCCUUUGCCCCUCCCCGACCCCCCCUCCC